AUGAACACAUACAAUCUCUCGGCUUCUGAUGUCCAAGUCUGUUCUUCAAAGUAUUGGGCAAUGAUGACAGACCCUAUCAUGUCACUCGAUACCGCCAUGUUUACUAUACUCGCAGCUCAUGUCGGUCUCACAAUCGGAACUCUUUCCCGCCAUCUUCACAAACGUCCUGACCUCCGUCCACUCGUAAACCGUCUCUUGCGUUUCGAAACAGUCGGUAUCUAUCUCCUUACAGAGAGGGGUCACGGUCUAGAUGCUUUCAACAUCGAGACAACAGCUACAGAAACCCCUGACGGUUUCAUUAUUAAUACCCCUCGCGAAGAGGCAUGCAAGUUCAUGCCUGCUUCCACUCCAGCCUUCGGUAUACCGAAGGUCGCUUUGGUUAUGGCUAGGCUCAUAGCCGAUGGCGAGGACCGUGGCCCUCGCUUCUUUAUCGUCCCCAUCUGCAACGAGCACGAAAUGUUCAAAGGUGUAGAGUCCAUCAGGCUUGGCGCUCGUCCCGGAACUUGCCCUCUUGAUUUCUCUAUAACCCGUUUCAACCACGUCCAUGUCCCAUUCAGUGCACUCGUUUCAUCAAAUAUCUAUGACCAUUCCAUGCCAAACUCGCCUCUUGAGGCUUGGUGGGAUGAGGUAUGGCGCAUACCUCUCGGAACUCUGGCUGUCACAGCACCAUGGAUAUCUUCCAUCAAGGCAGCUGCCUUCAUUGCUGGUCGCUAUUCCACGCAUCGGUCCCUCGUGGGUAAAGGGACGGAUCCUAUACCUAUCAUCACAUUCAGGACUCAGCAGUGGCCUAUUGCUCACGCAACCGCUGUUGGCCUCGUUAUGAGCAAUUGGUUCCCAAUCGUGGCUAAACAUAGCGGUGAUAAAUCUCUGGAUCAUCGUGUUAGACAUGGUCUUGCGGUUAUCGUCAAGACCACUGUUUGUAGGCACUUCCAGCGCUGCGUGCCCGAGGUCGCUGAAAGAUGCGGUGCUCAAGGCACCUUCGAGCAUAAUUAUAUGGCUCGCAUCGAGAAUGACGGGAAAGGCGUGAUCAUCGCUGAAGGCGAUGUCCUUACGUUGUGCAUUCGUUUAUUCUCCGAGCUCCUCCUCCAGCGCUACAAGAUACCUCUUCCAGACCCAACCGAGUCGCUUCUCGCUCGGCACGCAGCUUCUAUAUUGGAGGAAAAUAUAACCCUUCUCAGCAGCUUGCGUGGGGGACACCGCAGCGAAUCAUUCAACUCUCUCAUCCUCCCCCAGGCGGAGCUUGCGGUUGAAGCCAUAGGUCACGCGCUGGCUUAUUCCGCCGGUUUGCAAUCAGGUCUUCCAAAGCCAAUCCUCGAUGUGUACGAAUGUGCCGUCAUCCGCCGCGAUCCAGCAUGGUAUUCGGAGAAUGCAGGCCUAACCCGGAUUCUCCAACGCAUUCGUGAAGAUGAGGCUAUUACAUCCACGCUUCCUCAUCUCGACACUUAUCUCGACAAUCUGGCUAUUGAGGAGUACGUCUCUGCGCCUAUCGUCUCUGACGAGGCGUGGAAAGUGUAUUACGACGCGAUGCCCGUUUUCACUGGGAACGCUAUUCCCAUUAUUGAUCAGGUACAGGCUAUGCUGUAG